AUGCGUGAUGCCGCCCUUUUUGAUGCCACUGGUUUGGAAACGAAAGAUGUUUAUUACCUUGCCAGUUUAUUAAAUUAUCUGCAAAGAGCCAAUGCGAAUGAUAAAACUGCUGUGGAGGGAUUAAAGAAAGCUAAAAAUCAUAAUGGCAAAGCUUAUCAGGCCUUAAAGAGUCGGGUAGAUGCGGCUAUUACGAGUUUGAAACAAGCCAAAAAAGAUAUUAUUAUUUAUACGUCAGAAGAAGAGGCUAAACAAGCCGAGCGACUGGAGCAAAUUGAAAAAUUACUGGAUGAAUCUCCAACUAACGACAAUCUUAAAAGUGGGACUUUUUCAGAUGAUUCUCGUGCCAUAUUAGAAAGAAUUAGAUUGCGAAGUAUCGAUAGUAUUACUACCUCAAAUGCUAGAACUAAUAGUAGAGCUCCAUAUAACAAAAUUACGUGGUUAGAACAAGGACAGGAGAUAGAUUCUGAUUCUAAAACAGUCACAGAUUUUUUUCUAGUUAUGAAUAAUCUUUUUCCUAAGGCAUCAUUAGAUACAAAUGCUUUAAUAAAUGAGAAUAAUGCUAAUUGUUUAAAACAUAAAGAUGGCACUACCAAUAUAUUAAGAAAAAAAUUUACUAUUCAAUGGAACGGAACAUCGAAACCCGACGGAAAGCCUGCUAAUGAUGAAGAAAAAAAACCUCUUGCGAAAGAAGUGAUUCUUGGUUACAGCGGAGCGGCACCCUUUGACCCGGACGAGGAAGUGGUGAAAAGAAUUCAGAUAGAACAUGAUUUUACUUCUCUGAAUCGCAAUUAUGAAUUUGAUGCUGCUCAAGAUAUUGCUGUUCAAGCCUCAUUCGUUGCUCCUAAUGAUGCGGCUAUUAAAAACAUUAAAAAGGAAGAAGCUCCAUCAAAACAAAGACUUAUCACUUCACUAAGAUAUGAAUUAGUAAGAACUGGUUAUGACUUUCUUCCCUUUGAUAAAAUGCAAUCUCAGGCUGAAACUGAUAUGCAUUUAGCGGAACAUAACUAUAAUUUGGAAAAAGAUCGGGCUACCAAAUUAAGAGAAGAGUUGCACACUAUCCAAUCUAAGAAACGAGAGGCUGAGAAUCAAAAAACCUUAGCCGAAAAGAAUCUUCUUAUCUUCUCAGGAAUGUCUUUGGAUCAACUGAAAGCUGAAUUUAAUGCAGUUUAUAAAGGCGGAACUAAUGGUGGCAGUAAUAAUCCGAAAUAUUAUCCUUUUGAAUUAGAAGUGAUGGAUGAUGCUACUUAUGAGGGAUACCAAAAAGACUUACAAGAUAACGUUUAUGGUAAAAUAUUGCCUUCAGAUAUUAUAGAGACAAGUAAUUUCGACAAUUUAGGUAAAAAUAUAGGCGAAAUAAUUAAAAAUUGUAAGUUUAAGGAUGCUAAUCAGCGUAGUGCUCGGCUUGGUGCUAUCAAAGCUUGUUUCGACAGGAUUAAAGCAGUUCGCCAUUUAGGUCCUAAAGAGGAUGAUUUAUAUAAAAAUAUCCAAAAAGCCUUAACUGGACAAUUACCAGAAGAGAAAGAUGAAAUACCACAAAAAGAUGAUUUACAAAUACCGACACUUGCUGCAGCAUUAGGCAUUGCCGAAUCUGAUACUACUCAGACUAUGAAAUUCGUGCGAGAAACUACUCCGGAAAACAUAAUAAAAACUAUUUACGCUCAUAAGUUAGAGAAAGACGAUUACAAAAAAACUAUUGAAAAUGAGAUGAAAGCCAAAACCGAUUUGAAAAAAAGCGAGUAUGGUGGUGAUGAACCCAAAAAGCCAGACAUGGUUAAAUACCUUUAUGAUAAAGAAUUAGGUAAAUUACAAACUAACGGAACAGAUAGUCCAACUGGUCCAACUGGUCCUUCUAAGGAAGGUGGUCCCGAAACUGAAGGCGAAGGAACCGAAGACGACGAAACCGGAGAAAAAAAGGAAAAAACUGAUAUUCAGGUUCCGAAAGGAGACAUUGAUUCAGUCAGAAAUUAUCCAGCAAUGUAUAUUGGCUCAACCGACGAACAAGCAGUAGCGGGUUAUUGUAAUCAAAUUAAAAUAACUCUCUCGGCCGACCAAAAAACUCUCACUGUCGAAGAUAAUGGUCGGGGUGCUCCAAUUGAGAAACAUCUUGUCAUCAAAAAAAAUUCUUUGGAAACCAUUUUUACUAUCCUUCACGCGGGUGGCAAAUUAAAGAGUAAAGUUUACAAGACUUCUGGAGGGCUACACGGAAUUGGCGUAACUGCCGUUAACGCCUUAUCAGCCUACUUGCGGGCUGAAAAUGACAAUCAUCCUUGCGGCACUUUAGAUUGUCGUCAGCAAUUAGAAGAAUUAAGAAAACAAAUCAAAGCGUGUAAUGACUGUCAAGAGAAAGACAAAACCGGAAUAGUCGAAUUCCGGGAAGGAAAUUUAAUAAACUCACAAAUUAUUGAUACUCCCAAAAAACCAAGCGGGACAGUGGUUACUUUCACUCCGGAUCCAAAAAUUUUUCCAGAGUUUACUUAUUUCAAAAUUGAAACUAUUCAAAACCGCCUAAAAGACUUGGCCUACCUUAAUCCUAAUUUAACUUUAAUUUUUUAUCCCUCUCCUGAGGCUACUCCGAUUACUUAUCAUUUUAGUAGCGGUUUAGCUGAAAAACAUACUGACUUGAAAUUAAGCAUAAAGGCCGAUGACAUUUUAGAAGGAUUAACUGCCAUUUUGUCUAUCCGGGUGAAAGAUCCCCAAUUUUCUGGCCAAACUAAAUAUCGUUUAGCCAUGAGUCCAGUGCGAGAGGUAGUUAAAAAUAUCACUUAUGACUUGGUUAAAAAAUUUCUCCAAGACCAUGCCAAUAGUGCCGAAGCCAUUAGCAAGAAAAUCAUUGAAACUGCCGAAAACCGAGCUAAAACUGAAGAAUAUCAAAAAUCCUUACGUGAAGGCGGACAAGGUGUCGCUUUAUCAGGUAAAUUAGCCCCGUGUAUUUCCAAAGAUGUUGCUAACAACGAAUUAUUUAUUGUCGAAGGAGAAUCAGCGGGAGGUAGUGCCAAGUCGGCCCGUAAUCCUUAUAAUCAAGCAGUUUUACCAGUGCAAGGAAAAAUUCUUAAUGUGAUAAGAGCUAAAUGA